CGUGAGGAGCACGCGGCCCUUGGCGAGGCGGUAUGCAGCGCUCGCGGUUCUGAAGGCGGACAGUGAGCGUUGUCCUGGAAAAGGGAAGCGACUGCUGCUGCGUGAGGCAUAAAGUUAUAGGUUGACGAGAUGUGAACGAUUUCCUCCGGGAGAUGUGCGCGGAAGGAAGGUGUUUCUCUUGGUGAUCCAUGUUUUAUUAUGUAAGGAUCCAUGAAAAUGAUCAAGUGGAAAGUGAAGUUUCGUGCGACAGCAAAGUUUACUGAUGUUCCCUGGAAGAUUGCUGAUGAAAGACGAGAUGAUUUUGAAAACAUCUUCCGCUGUUGUGAACGAUAAAGCACUAAAUGCGAAAUUAACUAACAUUCUGUUCUGAUAAUCAGCACACGAUUUACUCGCAAAGUUUUGUUUAAUUGUCUGACACCAGACAGAAGCAUUCUCCAGGCAUGUGUGAUUGUCAGAUCUAAACCGAAUACGAAAUGCCUGCCACAAUGAGUGGAGACUGGGACAUCGAAGCCAUCAAGGAGGAGGAGUGGGAGGAGCGCGCUGUGUACCUGGUGCCGGACACACCCACGGAGGAGGCCUGCGAGAACCAUGCCACGCUGUCCCUCCCGAGGAACCUCGUCCUCAAGCCUUCGCAGACGCUCUCCGAUGUUAUGGGCAUCUGGAGCACCGACUACAUACCUCGGGGCACUCGCUUCGGGCCGCUCGUCGGUAAAUGUUAUGCCAAGGAUGAGGUGCCCAAGACAGCUAAUCGGAAAUACUUCUGGAGGGUGGAUCUUGGCGUUGGGAAACGAUUUCAGGUGUAUAAAGAAAAUGAGCUGUACUACUACAUAGACGGCUACGACACAACCAGAGCCAACUGGAUGCGCUACGUGAACCCUGCGUACUCGUCGGAGGCGCAGAACCUCAUCGCCUGCCAGUAUAAGACAAACAUUUACUUCUACACGAUCAAGCCAAUCUUGCCCAACCAGGAGCUCCUCGUGUGGUACUGCAAGGAGUUCGCCACGAGACUCAACUACCCCCUCACGGGCGAGCUGAUGCUGCAGAAGAUCCGUCAGCAGGUCAACGAGGUGGAGGUGAAGCAGGAGCAGGACGCCACAGUGGAGACGAGCCCUUCGACGUCCCCCGUGGGCUCGACGUCCUCGGGCUCACCCCCCGCCGCCUCUCCUACGCAGUUCGAGGCCGCUAAUGGCCAGCUGACGCCCACAGAGGGGUCAGUGAGAUCGGAUGAGGGUUACCAUAGCAACGGCUACCACGAUGACUUCAACCUGCCGGAGGAUUCGUCGGAUUCGGAGAAUGAUAAUAACUAUGUCCUCGACUUCAGCAAGAAGAAAAGGAAAGAGUCGCCGACGGAGGACGAGGAGGCAGAGCUCCGAAACGAGUACAGGAAGGUCAAGAUCAAGAUGUCUCGGGCGUAUCACUACCGCUCCAAGUCCACGGGCUCAGAUUCCUCGGAGAAGGACAAGUCCGUGUCACCUCCACUCGAGCGCCCGCAGGCCCCGCCGGAACCUGCGGUGGUGCCCAGCGCGGAGUCUCUUCCGCAGACCCUCCCUCAGGUGAUCGUGAAGCCGCCCUCCGCCCCGACAGUGAAGAAGGAGGCGCACGCCUCGCCCUCUACCCAUAGGUCGCCCCCUUACCUUCCCCCGUCACACUACCCCUCUUUUAGCGAGCAGACCCCCCGGGUCGACUCAGUGAUGGAGAAGGAGCAGCGGCCCGAGAGCACGCAGGAAAUGCCCGAGCCUGCCCGGAGAUACCCCGUGCUGGAUCAGCCGGGGCACCGCGCCUCGGAAUUGAGUCGUGCCCCGGAAGCGCCCCGGCCAGACACUCGCACGGCCCCAGUAUUGCCAGACUCCCGGAUGCCAAUGAUGCCAGAUACAAGGCUGCCCAGCGUGACAAUCACCAAACAACAAGUGUCGCCAGACACCAGGCAGCCAAGUAUGCCUGACACUCGAAUGGGUCUGCCUGCAGGAGUCCGACUGCCUCUUCCUCAUGAGUCCCGCCUCGCCCCCAGCCGUCUGCCGCUGCCUUCCAUGACGCGCCUGCCGGGCCUGCCGCCCUCCGUGGUCGCCAUGCCCGUACGCAUGCCAACCCUUCCGCCUCAGGACCCUCGCAUCACUGUGGCGCCCGACACGCGCCUCCCGGUGCCGCCCGACACGCCCCACGCUGUUCAGCCUGACACUCGCCACCCAGGACCUCAGGAGAGCCGCAGCUCGGGACCACCGGAGCCCCGACACCCCCUUCAGGAUGCACGCCACCCGGCGCCCCCCGACACGAGGCUCCCCGUCCCUCCCGACACGCAGCUGGGAUCCUCUCGCCCCACGGGCUCGAUUCUGGAGAACAUCCUUUUGCGUCGUCUCGGAGGCAAGGACGAGGCGGACACGACUCACCCACCCUCCGGCGUGCACCGUGACCUCAAGGAGCCGGUCCACAUUGCCCUCCCGAGCGACGCUCACUAUAAGCCCGACAGUGCCUCGGGUAACUCCGGUCCUUCGCAGGACUUCCCCUAUAAGCGGGCCUACUACGGCUCCGACUCCAGCCAGCAGAUCUCCCCCGAUUCCUCGUCAGCGCACUCGAAGCCAGCCUCCGCCUGCUACACCUCCCCUCAGCCCAACACUCAGGUGUCGUAUGCCGUCCAACAGCCCGUCAACAGCGCCAUAUACCGGACACCUGUGUCGCAAAUGUUCUCCAACGCCCACUUCAACAUGUACUCCUACAACAGCUAUAACGGCACCAGUGGCAACGGGUUCCCCCCUGCGAGCCAGGCCUCCAUGCCCAUGGACCAUCGCCUCACCAUCUCCAUCCCAACCACCGCGACGGGCCAGUCUCCGGCCUCCAGCAACUCGUCCCACUCCUCGCAGGGCUCGCCGUCGUCGCAGGGCUCGACCUCGCCCAACGCGGGAAAUAAUAGAGGCUACCGCUCCCUUCCUUACCCCCUGCAGAAAAAGGAUGGCAAAAUGCACUACGAAUGCAACGUUUGCUUUAAGACCUUCGGCCAGCUGUCAAAUCUGAAGGUUCACCUCAGAACACACUCCGGGGAACGGCCUUUCAAGUGCAACGUGUGCAUCAAGAGCUUCACCCAGCUGGCUCAUCUGCAGAAGCACCACCUGGUCCACACCGGAGAGAAGCCGCACCAGUGCGACAUCUGCAAGAAGAGGUUUAGCUCCACCUCGAACUUGAAAACACACAUGAGGCUACACUCAGGUCAGAAGCCCUACGCCUGCGACCUGUGCCCCGCCAAGUUCACUCAGUUCGUCCAUCUCAAACUGCACAAGAGAUUGCACACCAACGAGCGACCGUACACUUGUAACACCUGCAACAAGAAGUACAUCAGUGCGUCAGGUUUAAGGACGCACUGGAAGACGACGAGUUGCAAGCCCUCGAGCCCCGAGGAGGAGCUGGCGGCAGAGCGGUCCCCGACGGGGUCGUCGUCAGGCUAUGAUUACUGCCCAUCCAUCGCUUCCGGGAGCAGCCUGGACACGAUAGACAACAACAGCCUCGACGGCAUGUCCCACGCGUCCCCCCGCCACGACUCCCUGCACGACAGCGUGGACUAUGACCCCAUCAUCCCAGACGACCUCAUCAAACACUCGCAGGAGGAAUUCAAGAACUACAGCUCAGAAAUCAAGUGCGAGACGGACACUAGACCCUCUGUGAUUGAAACCUCAGCUCACCACGCGAUCGAGUGCACGUAAAGAAAACCCUGUGAUACCUUUAAAAAGAGUGCGAACUAUUCUUCCCUACCGAGGAGAAGGAUCAGUGUGGGGGUGAAAUCUCAUGGAAAACAAUUGGCAAUAUUUGCCGUCUAGUGUGUGCUUCAAACUGAGAUUCUUGUCAUUUACUCGUGACUCUAUUUAGAUUAUAUAUAUAUAUAUAUAUAUAUAUAUAUAUAUAUAUAUAUAUAUAUAUAUAUAAUUUUCGUGAUGAGGGAACUGGCAAAUGUGUAUAUUUUAUUCUGAUCUUAAGAUAUAUUUUGUUGUGUGACUCGAGUGACGUGAAAGUGGGGUAAUAGUUUACAGAGUGAUUAAUAGAAUUUCGUGACGUGACUGACCACUUUACACAACCAAUGACAAGACUUUGGUUCUUUUACUUUCAUGAAUGGGAUUUUCAACCUUCGUCUGACUUCUCUCAUUUCUUUAAGAAUCAAAAGCAUACUACCUACCUAAACUUUCAUAUCCAUUAUCGGCAUUAUAUUAAUUAGAUAGUUGUUCUCCUCGAUUUCAGGUGGCAUUCAUACCAUUAAAAUGAUAA